AUGAAUCCGCGGGAAGAGUCUCGACCAUUCAUCAACAACACGUGCGUCCGUUGCAUUUUGCAAAGAGAGUUGAUGGCUGGAGUAAUGCUUAGAAUUCCGGUCACUCGCCUGACCGCCGACAAUAUUUUGGAAUUUCCCGGGGGCAGAGCUGCCAGUCUUUCCGACAUGGUUCUGGGCUUUAUAGAGGAACCUGCUGCAGCCACCCAUGCCUUCCAGGCCGACAGUAUGACGUCCGGCUCCGAUGAGGAAGAGGAAGACCAAGCAGCUUCUGUCGAAGAGAACAAGGCAUUUUGGGACGAACAACACCAACUUCUCCAGGCAACAUUGCAUAGAACCAGUAGCAUAGAAUCGAAAAUCCGACAAGCCACCAAGGAGGUGCUGAGAGAAACUAUAGAUAGCACGUGCUGCCGGUGUUCGAGGGAAGUGGCCGGAGACUGCCGGAAUUGUUUGCAAAGCGAAAUAUGCAAUCGGCUUAUUAGUUUAGGCUACAACUGUGCCAUUUGCAAGUCUAAAUGGAAAAGCUCAGCAAGUACCCCAUCAGGAGAGCACACUUAUUUGGAAGUGCUGGACAAUUCAAAUCCGAAGAGAGGGGAGACUAGGGUGGUGAUUGAGCUCAAUUUCCGAGCAGAGUUUGAGAUGGCCAGAGCUAGUCAAGACUACAACCGUUUAAUUAGCUUCUUGCCGGAAGUCUUUGUCGGGAAAGCCGAAAGACUACGAGCCUUGAUCAAAAUUUUGUGCAACGCAGCCAAAAAGUGCAUGAAGGAGAAGAAAAUGCAUUUGGGACCUUGGAGGAAGCACAAGUACAUGCAAGCUAAGUGGUUUGCAGCCUUCCAACGAUCAACUCCGGGAUUGUUACAGGUCGGAGGAUGUGGAAACCGGCCACCAAAGCCGAGGGCUUCCAUGUUGACGUUCGACUUGUCGGAGACUAUGCCGGGAUUCCAUUUCACGGCGGUUGAGGCUCUGUGAUCAGUUCGCAUCCAGAGCUCUUUGAGAAGCUGGUAAUGUGUAUUUAGGCUCUGCGGAAAAACCGCAGCUUUGCUUCUUGGCUCUAUAGCAUGGCUGCAAGAUUUUAAAGUGGCCAGAGUAACAUCAGAUACCUCAAAGAUAAGCGAGUGUGAAACGAACUUGUCCUACCAAGUCCCUCGCCACCUCGGGGUCGUCUGUGAGGACAAUUUGUUGCAGCAUUUUCCUACCAGGUCCCUUAUGUUAGUUACUUCAGCUCAGUUAAUAGGUCAUGGGUUCAAAACCUCACUAGACAUAUGUACGGUGUGUGUGAGAGUUAUUAAUAAUUUAAAAAUAAAAAUAAAAGUUACUUCAGCUAAGCAUCUGAGCUGGUUUAGCUCUUAUUGACC